AACUCAUGAGACCACCUCUGCAUUCCUUCAUUCUCUGGCCUUGUUGUAGUACUCUACCGUGGUGGUGGCUGAAAAGGACCUUGGUGGGGUGGUGGGUAUGGAUGGCUUGGUGGGUGCCUCUUCUCCCUGUGGUGGUGUCUUCUCUUCUCCCCCAGCUUACUCAGACCAUGAAACCAAAAGGAAAAAUGGGUUCUUUAGGUCUGGUCUCCUGAAACAGGGGAGGCCUUGUGGACCUGAGGAGCAUGAUUGGAGAUACCUCAAGGUGGCCAGGACCGAGGCCCCCUCACUGUCCCCUGAUGGAGAGCAAAUGCUCAGCUUCUCCUCAUCCAAGCCGGAUGCUUUUUUAUUCAGAAGUGAACCACACACAUCAACCCCUUCGGCAUCCUCUUAUGUUGGGAAUGCAGGCUUGAUUUCUGGAAGUUUAGAUGGGAGCAUGCAUGGGGUUUUGGCAGGGGUUAGGGGGCCCUUCACUCCCUCUCAGUGGAUGGAGCUGGAGCAGCAGGCGUUGAUCUACAAAUAUAUGAAUGCAAAUGCUCCUAUACCAGCCAGUCUUCUCAUCUCAAUCAGAAGAAGUCUUAGCUCAUCUAGGUUCACUUCCUUCUCAGCUGGAUCUCUUGGACCGAAUACAUUUGGAUGGGGAUCUCUCCAUCUAGGUUUCUCUGGGAAUGCCGACCCGGAGCCUGGAAGAUGCCGCAGAACUGAUGGCAAGAAAUGGCGGUGCUCAAGAGAUGCAGUUGCUGAUCAAAAGUACUGUGAACGACACAUGAAUCGGGGCCGCCAUCGUUCAAGAAAGCCUGUGGAAGGCCAAAAUGGCCAUGCCGCAAAGACGAUGCCCGUCAUCGCCGCAACACCAACAGCUCCAGCUGUUUCUGGUAGUGGAUCAUCUAAUUGCUUCACUGUGGCUCAGCAGCAGAUAAAUAAUGUGAAGCCUAGCAUCACCCAUUCUUCCUUCACACAGUUUGACAGGGUGUUAGUGAACAAAGAAUUGGAUAACUCACAUGACCUCUCCAUGCUAUAUUCGGUGAACUCAGAGCCCAGAGAGACCUCAUUCCCCAUUCCAAAACAGCAUAACCCUUUCGAGGAAUCACCUUCACGAGCAAACUAUGGACUCAUCUCCUCUGAUUCACCAUUUAAAUCCACAACUAACUGCUACUUAGGGAAUGAUAACUUUGUGUCUUGUACAGAGUUCAGUGAUCAAGAUCCACCAACCGAUCCCCUUGGACAGUUCAUCAAGGAAUGGCACAGAAAAUGCUCCAACAGCUCAACCAUCACCUGGCCUGAAAGAGAAAUGAAUUCCGACAAAACUCAGUUCUCUGUCUCAAUCCCUGUGGCUUCUUCAGACUUCUCAUCAUCCUCUUCUCCAACACAUGAAAAACAUACUCCUUCACCACUCAAGUUGUCUCUGGAUUCCGGUCCUGAUAAUAUGAAUCUAGGUGUAGGAGGCCUCCCAAAUGAUGGGAACCAACAGCAGGCAAGUUGGCUACCGACCUCUUGGGAGUCUUCGAUGGGUGGUCCCUUAGGAGAGGUCUUAGCCAACACAUGCAUCACUUUGAUGGACCAUAGUAAGAACUGUUCAUCUUUAAACCUCAUGACAAAUGGUGGGGACUUGAGUCCUCAGUUAAGGUCAUCCCGAGCUGGCGUCCUACAUAAAACUAACUUCGGUUCACUGUCUGGUAGCACUAGAAGUAGUCCAAUUGUUGAGAAGCAUAAUGUCCAGGACAGCAUCGAUAGCCUGCAUGAGGACCUCAUUGGCUCUAACCUUGUAAAUCCCUCGACCAUCACCUCAUCAACUUUUAAGUGAAGCAGCAAUAAGAACAGCCACACAUGAAGAAGUUUGAGAGGUUCUCCAAGAUUGUGUUAUUGUAUGACUAGUAGUAUGUCAUUUUCGUUCUUGAUUUGUUUUUCUAUCAUAUACCAUGCUGAUUUGUGGAGCAUCGAGUGAACUGUCGUUUUGGUGUGUUUUGGCUUGGUUUCGAUCUGUGGCUAUCUAUUAAUUGUUUUAUUUCUUUUGAUAUGCUAAAAGCCUGGGGCAUGGGCAGUAUAUACUGU